AGUUGUAUUUCUCCGUCCUGUUCAGCCUCUGCUGGCGGGCUCUCGGACCCCACUCCUCCAGGCAGCUUCCCAUCUGGAUUCUUCUGCAUGGAAAAUCCCCGGCCCUGAAAUACGGACGGGCCCAGUGCCUGCAGCCUCCUUGCAUUCGUGCCUUAUCCAGGGGACUGUCCCCACCCCCAAGGCUUGCCUCCACCGGGUCGUGGAGGGAGAGGCGUUACGACCGCGUCCCUGGAAUCUCUCCCUGCUUGUGGUGGUAUAGGUCGGGCUGGUUGCUUUUCCUGGGACUGGGGAUAUGGAUUUGCACGUUUCCUUCAGUGACUGAUCCAGUGCCUAGGUCGACCCCACAUUUUAUGUCUUUGCUCCCAUCCCCCUCUCCUCGCGUCUUCUGAAAUUGGGAUGCCCCCAAACUGAGCGGGGACCGGCUUGAGACGCCCAACCCUUGGAUUGCCAAAGCCCGCAGCCGAUCCGAGGGUAUUAUUGCACAACCCAACCGAGAGGAAACCGUGCCGGGCUCUCUCGGGCCCCUCCCCAUCUCUCUCCCUCUGCUUCCCUCUCGAGUCCCCAUCCCCUGCCCGCGGGGCUCCUUGGAUGAUCUUCCAGGGAAAGGGAACCGGCCAGGGCGAGGGUCAGGGCGCGGGGGCAUUCUCCGUCUCUCCUUCCUUGAAGUAAAGAGGACAGCUCUAGAGAUUGGCUGGACACCCGAAAAAUGUCCGCGAAGGAGAACCCCUGCCGGAAAUUUCAGGCCAACAUCUUCAACAAAAGCAAGUGUCAGAAUUGCUUCAAGCCCCGGGAAUCUCAUUUGCUCAAUGAUGAAGAUUUAAACCAGGCAAAACCCAUUUAUGGUGGCUGGCUGCUUCUCGCUCCAGAAGGGACUGAUUUCGACAAUCCUGUGCACAGAUCUCGGAAAUGGCAGAGGAGAUUCUUCAUCCUCUAUGAACAUGGACUUCUGCGCUAUGCCUUGGAUGAAAUGCCUACAACCCUUCCUCAGGGCACCAUCAACAUGAACCAGUGCACAGAUGUGGUAGAUGGAGAGGGCCGGACCGGCCAAAAGUUCUCUUUGUGCAUUCUGACGCCUGAGAAGGAACACUUCAUCCGGGCUGAGAACAAAGAGAUCAUCAGUGGGUGGCUGGAGAUGCUCAUCGUCUACCCUAGGACCAAUAAACAGAACCAGAAGAAGAAACGGAAGGUAGAGCCUCCAACUCCUCAGGAGCCUGGCCCUGCCAAAAUGGCUGUCACCAGCAGCAACAUUCCGAGUGCAGAAAAAAUCCCAACCACAAAGUCUACACUCUGGCAGGAGGAGAUAAGGGCCAAGGACCAGCCAGAUGGGAAUACCCUUAGCCCAGUACCAAGUUCGGGAUCAAGUCAAGUCCUCCCAGCCAGCCCAUUGAAAGAACCUGGGCUGGAAAACAAAGAAGAGGAGAGCACCAUGAAUGGUGACCGAGUAGACUGUGGACGGAAGGCCAGAGUGGAAAGUGGCUACUUUUCCCUGGAGAAGACAAAGCAAGACCUGAAGGCAGAAGAGCAGCAGUUGCCACCACCACCAUCCCCUCCCAGCCCCAGCAUCCCCAAUAACAGGUAUAGUUACCCAGAAACACCUUUCCAGGAGCAUGGCCGCCCCUUUUCUUCCCCAGGUCCCCAGGCUGCCGGUCGAAUAGUCUACAGCAUCUCCCUGAACUCCUUGGAUUCAGCAAGUCGGCACCCCACCCACACGGACUCCAGCGGUGCUGGGGGGAGGGAAGCAGAGAAACCGGGGCGCCUAUUUGCCUUUAAAGCCAGCAGGCAGUACACCACUCUAGCCGACGUGCCUAAGGCCAUCCGGAUCAGUAAUCGAGAGGCCUUCCAGGUGGAGAGAAGGCGGCUGGAGCGCAGGACUCGGGCCCGCAGCCCUGGCAGGGAGGAGGUGGCUCGUCUGUUUGGCAACCAAAGGAGGAGAUCCCAGGUAAUUGAAAAAUUUGAGGCCUUGGACAUUGAGAAGGCUGAGCACAUGGAGACCAACUUGUCAGCCGGGCCCGUGCUAUCUAGUGACACCCGUCAGGGCCGAAGUGAGAAGAGAGUUUUCCCCAGGAAGCGGGACUGCACCACCGAAGCUAUGGCCUCUGCCGCUGGCUCCAUUCCAGAUGUUUCAGCUUCUCCCCUGUCUCCGCACCGAAGAGCCAAGUCACUGGAUAGAAGGUCCACAGAGUCCUCUAUGACGCCUGACCUGCUGAACUUCAAGAAAGGCUGGCUGACCAAGCAGUACGAGGACGGCCAGUGGAAGAAACACUGGUUUGUCCUGGCGGAUCAGAGCUUGAGAUACUACAGGGAUUCAGUAGCUGAGGAGGCGGCUGAUCUGGAUGGUGAAAUUGACUUGUCUACCUGUUGCAAUGUCACUGAAUAUCCAGUCCAGAGAAACUAUGGCUUUCAGAUCCAUACCAAAGAAGGAGAGUUCACUCUUUCUGCCAUGACUUCUGGAAUUCGACGAAAUUGGAUCCAGACCAUCAUGAAACAUGUACACCCAACCACUGCCCCAGAUGUCACUAGCUCAUUGCCAGAAGAGAAGAACAAAACCAGCCCUUCCUUUGAGACCUGCUCAAAGCCAAGUGAGAAACAGGAUGUGGAUCAAGCCGAGUUGGAUCCUGAGCAGAAAAGGAGUCGUGCCCGGGAAAGGAGGCGAGAGGGACGUUCUAAAACCUUUGACUGGGCUGAGUUUCGACCUAUCCAGCAAGCCCUGGCUCAAGAAAGGGCUAAUGCCACAGAUUCCUCUAAGACACGAGAACCCGGGAGUUCAGAAAUGGACCUCACAGAGCUGGAGAAGGAGCGUGCACGGAGGAGAGAAGAGCGGCGUAAACGCUUUGAGAUGAUUGAUUCUGUUGAUGGGCCAAGUGCGGAUGACACUAUCUUACGGAUGGAGGUGGACAGGAGUCCAGUGUUACCAGUGGCCACAGAGCUGAAGCCACAGAAUGUCCAUGUGGAAAUUGAGCAACGAUGGCAUCAGGUGGAGACUACCCCUCUUCGUGAGGAGAAACAAGUGCCCAUUGCCCCUUUGCACCUGUCUUCAGAAGAUAGCAGUGACAGGCUCCCAACACAAGAGCUAACCUCCUUGUUGGAGAAGGAGCUGGAGCAGAGCCAGAAGGAAGCCUCAGAUCUCUUAGAACAGAACCGACUUCUGCAGGAUCAGCUAAAGGUGGCUUUGGGUCGGGAGCAGAGUGCCAGGGAGGGCUACGUGUUGCAGACGGAGGUGGCCACGUCACCAUCCGGCGCCUGGCAGAGGCUCCAUAAAGUCAAUCAAGAUCUCCAAAGUGAGCUUGAAACCCAAUGCCAGCGCCAGGAGUUGAUCAAUCAUCAAAUUCAAUCCCUGAAACGUAGUUACGGGGAGGCAAAGGACAUCAUCCGACACCACGAGGCUGAAAUCCAACGGCUGCAGGCAAGACUGAGCAAUGCUGCGGCCGAGCUGGCCAUCAAAGAGCAGGCUCUGGCCAAGCUCAAGAGUGACUUAAAGAUGGAGAAGGAGAAAGUCACGGAGCAGCUGGAAGAGUGGCAACAGAGUGAGAGCACCCUGAGCUUCCAGCUGAGAGUGAGUGAGCAGCAACUGCGGAGCGCCGAAGCCCUGCUCCUCGAGAAGACCCAAGAACUGAGGGACCUGGAGAUGCAGCAGGCCUUACACCGUGACCAUCAGAAGGAGGUGCAGAGGCUCCAGGACAGAAUUGCUGACCUCAGCCAGCAGCUCGGGGCCAGGGAACAGGCUCAGGCCCUCAUGGAGGAGAAGCUCCAGAAGAAUUAUGAGCUUUUGUUGGAAAGCUGUGAGAAGGAAAAACAGGCUUUGCUGCAGAACCUGAAGGAGGUGGAGGACAAGGCCUGUGAGUAUGAAGAUCAGCUCCAAGACCACGAGCAGCAGAUGGAGAUUCUUCAGAAAGAGAAACUGAGUGCGAAAUUUGAAGGCAGCGAGAUCGUUCAUCAGCUGGAGGAGCAGUUGGAGGUGAAGGAGGCCAGCAUCCAGACACUGGCCGAGCACAUCCGGAGUCUCCAGGAAGAACGGGAUGAAAUCAAGCAGCGAUUCUCAGAGCUGAUGAAUCAAGUUGCAGAGUCUGACCACAAAGUUGCUCAACUACAAGAAAAACUCAAGUCAUGGGAGGUGGAUUAUCAAACGCUGGAGCGCUCUUAUCAGAAGGUAUUGGAACAGUUCCAGGGCAUGCACACAGUCCUGAAAGAGAAGGAAGAUGAAUUGAAACACAUCAAGGAAAUGCAUGAGAAAAUUCUGGAAAGGAAAGACCAGGACCUCCAUGAGGCUCUGGUGAAAAUGGCUGCUUUGGGGGGCAGCCUGGAAGAAACUGAAAUGAAGCUCUUCCGUGCAAAGGAGGAGCUGCUAAGAAAGGCUGCUGAUGGCAGCACGAAGGACAUGGAAGAGCCAUGUGCUAGGCUGGAUGUGCAAGAAGAUAGUCCUGCUGAUCUGGGACCACGCAUACAAGUUCCAGGAGCACCGCUGGGUUCUUAUAACACACCCCUGCAAAACGAAGAAGCUGGUCUGAAGGAAGUGUGUGGUGAGCCCUCUGAGCGAGGCCCAGAAGAUGCCAUAGCACCCCUCAAGUCAACAGAGCCUCAAGAUCAACAAGGGCAUCAAAAAACCGUCACGAAGCCUGAUGGGGGAGCCCCGGGUGCUAAAAGACAGAGAAUUCGUUUUUCAAGCAUCCAGUGCCAAAAAUACAUUCAUCCAGAAGGGUCCGAAAAGAACUGGACAAGUAGCACAUCUUCAGACACCAGCCAGGAUCGGUCACUCUCGGAGGAGAGCAUGUCAUCAGAACCCAUUCCUAGUUGUAUCUCUUCUGGGGUCAGUGACCCUGAAACUUAUCUUUCCAUAAUACAUUCCUUGGAAACCAAGCUUUAUAUCACUGAAGAAAAACUCAAAGAUGUGACUAUGAAACUGGAGAGUCAACAAGGCCAAAAUCAAGAGACUUUAAUUGCUCUUCACCACCAGUGGGCUGGCACGGAAUCACAGCUUCACGAACAGUUACAAGCUAGUCUGUCCCAAGUUGGUGCCUUGGUUUCUCAGCUAGAGAACGAAAGACAAGAAAAGCUGAAGAUGGUAGAAAACCAUGUUGGCGAGCUGGGGGACUUCCAAAUAAAAAACAGCCAGGCCCUAACCUGUUUAGAGAAAUGCAGGGAACAGCUAAGAUCUUUGCCAAAGGCUGAAAAUGAAAAAGAACGAGAUUUGUGCGUGACUACUUUGGCCAGCCUGGAGACCACUUUAUCAAAUGCGAUCCAGGUUUUACAUCACUUACCGUCCUCCUCUUCAAAUGGUAUGAGUCAAGCUCAGCCUGGAGAAGGCAGUUCAUUAAAUGAAGGGCAAUCAACUUUACAGAUGCAACCCCAGGUCCUUGAACUGACUGAGCAAGAGCAGUUGAGGUUACUUUCUCAGAGAAUAGCUUUUGAAGCUUCCUUGAUAAAUCAGAUAGCCGAGUCCUUAAAAAAUGCAAGUUCUGAUAUUUCCCAUAUUCUCCAAGAGAUUUACCUGACUGCAAAAGUGGCGAUGGAACCCACACAUGUGGUUAACACCGCCACGACUUUAGCAGAUGCCUUGUCUAAAAAAUUAAUACUGGAGGGUGAGUUUUGGAACCAGGUAGAGGAGCUAAGUAAGCACUUGGAACCACAUAGAGAAGAGGAAGCAAAUAAACCGGAAGCUGACCAUUUCCGUUUUCCACAAGACCUGGUCACAGCAGUAGCAGAUACUGCACUGAUCAGGGCAGAACUUGGUUUAACUGCACAGUCAAUGAGGGAGGCAUUUUACCAAAAGUUAGAGAGUAUUGAAGACAACCUCAACAAGACCAGAAUUGCACUUCGCCAGCAUAAGUGUGUGCUAGGUGAGAUCCUGAAAGCCUACAGAACUCCUGAUUUUGAUAGAGUAAUGCAACAGAUUUCAGAAACCUUUGGUCUCCCUGGUGGUGUUACGGGAGAUCUGCUGGUAGCUGGGGACUGGAGCUCGGCAGAAAUGCUGCCAUGCCCAGACUCGGGUGGAUCGCAGGAGUGCCCAAGCCUGCCAGGUCAGAGCAGUGUGGCGCUUAAUGAGCAGAUUGCCCAGCAGUUGAAGGAUAGGGCCCAGGUCCUAGAGGAAAUAGCUUCUGCUCUAAUCUCGCUUCCUGCAGCAGCAGAGUCCACAAGCGACUGUCAGCAGCUUCUCAGGGCUUCACAAAGCCUUUCCUAUUUUAGUUGCUUGAGUCACCUUGGCCAUUAUUCUUCCUUAUUAGUUCAAGAUGCAAUUAUUCAGGCUCAGGUUUGUUACUCGGUCUGCAAAAUGAGGCUGGAGUAUGAAAGAGAGCUCAAGCUUUACAAAGAGUCCUGGAAGAACAGCGUAGAUGCCUCAUACCAUGAACCCACACAGGCCAUUGUUGCCCUUCGGAUGGAGUAUGAAGAACUUCUUCACAAGCAGAAGAAUGAGUACUUGGAAGUGAUUUCCAUUAUUGAGAGGGAAAAUGAGGAGCUGAAAGCAAAAGUUGCUCAGCUGGAUUGCCAACAGCGGUGCUUGGAAGAAGUGGAAAGCAAGCACAGUGAAAGCAUCUUUGCUCUGCAGGGUAGAUACGAAGAGGAAAUCCGAAGUGUGGUGGAGCAAUUAAACAGCACCAAAACCACUUUGCAGGCAGAGAGAACCAGGGUCCUAAGUCAACUAGAUGCAUCUGUUAAAGAUAAGCAAGAUAUGGAAAGGUUUCAUGUGGAGCAAAUGCAGACCCUAGAGGACAAAUUUCAACUGAAAAUAAAAGAGUUGCAGUUAAUUCACGAAGAAGAACUUCGCACCUUGCAAGAACAUUAUACUCAGAACUUGCAAUGCUUACAAGAAACUCUUAACCAUUACCAAAGGCAGAAUCCAGAAGUCCCACCUUCCACAGAACCCCGAUCCAUCCAUCACAUUUGGCCCACAGACCAACUAGAUGGUGCGAUGCUAGUGACAGAAGGUGAGCCGGAUUCUAUGACUGGGCUGAGAGAACGCAUCCAAGAGCUGGAGGCCAAGAUGAACGUCAUGAGAGAAGAACUGGAACAUAAAGACCUGGAGGGAAAUGCCUCAACUCUGAGGGAAAAAUACCAAAAAGACUUUGAGAAUCUUAAGGCAACAUGUGAACGAGGGUUUGCUGCUAUGGAAGAGACACAUCAGAAGAAGAUAGAAGAUCUACAAAGGCAGCACCAGCGGGAACUGGAGAAACUCCGGGAAGAGAAAGACCGCCUGUUAGCGGAGGAAACAGCUGCUACCAUAUCAGCGAUCGAAGCCAUGAAGAAUGCUCAUCGGGAAGAAAUGGAGCGGGAGCUAGAGAAAACACAUCGCUCACAGAUCAGCAGUGUCAAUUCAGAUAUCGAGGCCCUCAGGAGACAGUACCUGGAAGAGUUGCAAUCAGUCCAGCGGGAACUGGAAGUCCUUUCAGAACAGUACUCUCAAAAAUGCUUGGAAAAUGCUCAUUUGGCUCAGGCUUUGGAGGCGGAGAGGCAGGCCCUUCGCCAGUGCCAGAGAGAAAACCAGGAGCUCAAUGCACACAAUCAGGAGUUAAAUAACCGCCUGGCUGCGGAGAUCACUCGGUUACGAACGCUACUGACUGGGGAGGGUGGUGGAGAGGCUGCUGGUUCGCCUCUCACACAGGGCAAGGAUGCUUAUGAAUUAGAGGUCUUAUUGCGGGUCAAGGAAUCAGAAAUACAGUACCUGAAACAGGAAAUCAGCUCUCUCAAGGAUGAGCUGCAGACAGCACUGAGGGACAAGAAGUAUGCAAGUGAUAAGUACAAAGAUAUCUACACAGAGUUGAGUAUUGUGAAGGCCAAGGCAGACUGUGACAUCAGCAGGUUGAAAGAGCAGCUAAAAGCAGCCACGGAAGCACUGGGUGAAAAGUCUCCUGAAAAUACCACAGUGUCGGGAUAUGAUAUCAUGAAAUCUAAAAGCAAUCCUGACUUUUUGAAGAAAGACAGAUCCAGUGUUAGCCGUCAAUUAAGGAAUAUCAGGUCAAAGAGUCUGAAGGAAGGCCUGACUGUGCAAGAACGUCUAAAACUCUUUGAAUCCAGGGACUUGAAGAAAGACUAGUUGUAUCCCAUUCAACUUGAACACACAUCCCACCUGGCUUGCAGCAGCACAACACAAGCGCUGAUUUUUGUCUGUACCGUAUUUUAUUAUUAUUGUUAUUGUUAUUGUUAUUAUUGUCAUCAUUAACUGUAUGGAUGGAUAAGAGACUGAUUUAUGGAUUGUAGUUCACACCACUUCCUGCUGUGUUGUUUCCUUCAACUCCUCCCUCCCAACAUCUUAUCAAAUCUUUUCUUCCACUGUAUUCUAGAAAUUAGUAAAUGAUUUAAGGGGGGGAGGAAGGCAAACAAUCUAAUUUCCCUCCCAUUCUAGCAGCCUGUAUUAGAAUUCUUUACUUUACUGUAAUUCAUUACACUAAGUGUCAGUAUUAAGGCUCAGCAGCCUAUUGAUAAGCUAGCUCUGUCUUACCGAAUGUAUUGGUAUGGAAACAGGGCCCAGUUGGCGUAUCUAGCUCUGCUGCUAACUGGCAGUGGUUUGGUGCUUCUAUGCACUUUGAGCCAAGUACGCCAGGAGUUAGUCUUAACUCUUGUUUCUCUGAGGUAAAGCCUAAAGACAUUCUGUUUCUGCCUAGAUUUACAGCACUGACCUACUGGAGAGAAAUUAGAGGGGGAGUUGGAGAGGAGAGGUGGUUUGUAUCCCUGAUUCUGCCACCCUUGAUCUCAACUCUGACAAAAGGUUUUUUGGGGGGUGGGGGGAGUGGGGAGCGGAAAUGAUGGCAUUUUGUACUCCUUCUACUAAUGCAGCUUAGAACCACACAUCCCAGAAUAUUGUGGCAAAGUACUACAACAGAAUUGUUGAAACUGAUCGUUCCUAAUUCUUGUUUGUUUUUUUUUUUUUAAUUAAAUCUUGCACAAAACACCAGCUCCCCCUCUCAUUACUUCCUCCGAUCGUUCUUAUGGUAUUUUCAGUGACCACUUACUUUUCAAAUGUGGAUUGUCAUUUUGCAUUGUGAUUCUAUCUAUCAAUGAAAAGUGUCUAUUCUAAAAAUUUAACCUCUUUUGAAAUUUCUCCCCAUAUAAAGCAUGUCUGUGUAGUUUGUUGAAGGGAGGGAGGGGGAAGGAACAUGAGGAAGUGGUGACUAUUGGAAUGUCAUUUAAAAAAAAAUUAUUUCUAAAUUCAACUGAGAUCACUAGUGACUACCCUCACACAUACUUAAAAAAAAAUCCUAGUCAGAAUAAGACAAUGCUAACAAUUUUGAAUGACAUUUUAAUACCUUGUGAGUUAGACUGGGUUUGUUAAGGUCAAUUCAAAAACAUUAGGACUAAUAACUCUACAUUAAGUUUAGAAUUAAGCAAUACUUUACCCCUAGUGAGAACUAGUCACAAAAAUAAGAAAAGUCUGAAAUAAGGUCCUUAUGGAUUCAUCCUUUUUCCUCCUUCUUAGAGCUAACUUGACACCUAUAUUCCUAAAUGUCCUCUUUCAAAAUGUGUUUUAGCUUUCCAUGGCCCUAAGUACUGGGUUUGCCACCCUGAAUUUGAACAGAGUUUAUAUGGCCAACCUGUUAUAACAAGCUUCUAUCUGGCAAAUGGAUAGGUGACUUAGAAUAAAAAUAUUAUUAAAACCAUUCUGCUCAACUUGCUUAAAAAGACUGAGUAAAACAUGGUAACCUAGGAAAGCACGCUAAAAUACCAAAUUAUAUGGAUGGGGUGGGGUUGGGGUUUGGGGGUAAUGGCCUUUAAUUAUACAAACAUUCAACUUAUUCUUCUCUUACUUGAACACUUUAAACCUCCAACCCCAUUCACACUAUCCAUUCACUUCCUUUCUCCUAAAUAACUCUUCCAACUUCUAAAUGGUUAAUAGAGAUAGUCUCUGCCCAUCAUUAUAUCACAGGGAAGGGUGAGUUUUAAUGCUACUUAUCGUAUGUAGUAGAAACAGAGAAUCAAAUAAUAUUUUUUAAAAUCUAUAAAUCAAAAACCACCUAGAGUGGCAGAGCUGCUACAGAUGCAGAGUGUGUGUGUGUGUGUGUGUGUGUGUGUGUGUGUGCGUGCGCGCGCGCAUGCUGUGUUCCACAUCACAUCUUUUGAAUAUUCAAAAGCUAGAAUUCUUUUUGUAGGCAGGAAAUUAUUUCCUGCUAUGUCUAAAACAGUAUUUUACUUCCAUCUGCUAGCACUAGUAGUAGAAUCCCUUUUGAAGUAGGCAAUUGAAAGGAGGUGGUGUCCAUUUCUUUUGGUGUAGUGCUGCUUGCAUUCACCUCUAAGAACAUGUGGCCUUUUUGAGAGUUAGGCUCUCAAAUCAUCUUAGGACAAAGGAGGAAGUGCAGCAGAAAAGAAUAUAGGGUUUUGUACCAGGAGACAAACUGAAUCUUAACCUAAGGCACUGCCGAGAAUAUUUACAAUUUUGCUGUGUUGUGUGUAUUGUUUAUUUUCUUCUCUAAGAAAAUCAAAGUUACCUGCAUGUGGAAAUUUGCAUUUUGUUCUGCUUCUUCUAACACCUAACAGAUUUGACCUAAGCAAAUUAAGUGAACAUAUGUGGAUGUCAUUUCUUUAGGUUCCCAGCCUCCUCAUUCUGAGAAGACUGCCAAGUAACAUUAUAGGAAGUGCUGUUAUUUGAGCUUCUCCCCCCACCCCCAACUUAUCUCAAAAAGUAGCUGUUGAAAGGGAAACACUUGUUCAACCAUCUAGUCAUGCAGAAGGGAGUAGAAUAUCUAUGCUUAAUAACAAAAGAGCACUUCUUUUAUGGCCUUUCCCUGCCUUAGAUUCAGUGUGACAAAUAGCUAUUAAAGCACCUACACUGUAUCAGAAGACACUCUAUAUAUCAUUUGUGUCAUUCAUUAGGUGCUGAUGAGUUAUUUUCUUGUUGAGAUUUUUUUCUUUUUUUCUUUUUUUUUUGCCUAAGAUGCAAAGAUGAGAAAGAAUUUUAACUAGGCCACAAAUGAUCUUAUCUCUUCUGCUAAGAGAUGAGGAUGGCCUGGAUAAAAACACACAGACUGGUACAAUGUUUGUAAAUGUCUGUAAGACCAGGACCGAUCUACAUCCUUUCCCACACAGCUUCAUUCUCCUAUAUUCUGAAGGGAGAGUGUUGUUUUUUUUAAAUUAGGUUAGCUAAAAACCACUGUCCCUCAAUACUUCUCAUACAUUAAUCUAGGCAAGUAAAUCUAUUGGCAAACUAUUUAACAAUCCUAAUUCUAGAAAUUAGGCCCCCAAAAGCAUUAGUUAACUAAUUCUUGAUACUAGUGGGUGUUUUUUUUUUUCAUCUUUUUGAGAUAACUAUAAAAUAAGUACAUUCUGGAUUAUUUUAAACAAUCAUUUCACUUAGUGGGAGUUGAAAAUGACAGGGUAUAAGGAAUGUGAUUCAGCAGAUACAGGGCAUAUAUAUUUGGGAAAGUGAAUUAUGAAAUGAGAAAGUAUAAGAUGAAGGAUUAAUCGACAGAUGGAUAGAGAUAUAAGACAGUGAAACUGCUGGUAGUAUUCCAAAUAUAUUGACAAUUCUGGAUCAUGUGGGUUGCUACUAUCAGCAGAAAAAUGAACAAAUGAAAUAAAAAUAAGGAUUUUCUUUUGGCCUAAUGAACAAGAGUGAGGAAUGUCAUAACUGUUUGUGUACUAGAUGCUCUCAUCAAGUUGUCCAUGAGACAACAGCUAAGUUGUCUCAUAAGAAGCCUAACAAGAACACUAAAAACGCAAAGCUAGAUAAAAGACAUGAUGGCUUCAAAAAUUAGAGAUGUUGGGGCAGCUAGGUGGCACAGUGGAUAAAGCACCAGCCCUGUAUUCAGGAGGACCUGAGUUCAAAUCCGACCUCAGACCCGUGACACUUACUAGCUGUGUGACCCUGGGCAAGUCACUUAACCCCAAUUGCCUCACCAAAAAACAAAACAACAACAAAAAAUUAGAGAUGUUUUCUUUAAAUAAGGAAACCACUUUGCAAACUCUAAAAUACCAUGUCAGCUAGUAUUAUUCUAGUCAGCUAGUCAUUGGCAUUUAAUGAAAUUCAUUCACUCCAGAAGUAGAUAUAGCAAUGUAAUUUUUAGCAUGUUGAAGAAUUCUGAAAUAAUAACUAAAGACUAAAAACUAAACGCUAAUUCUCCAAACUACAGCCAUAUCAAGAUUAUCUUUUUAGACCCUAAUUUUAUUUGGAAAGGGAGUAAAGGUAUUGCAAUCAAAGUCAGGGUUGUAGUCCUGGCUCUACCACUAACUAGCCAAGGCCUUGGGCAAGUCACUUCUUUAAUAACCUCAAAGUUAUCAUUGGCAUGUAUAUGAUUUAGAAUAAAUGAAAUAAUCAUUUAAAUAGGCACAGAUACCACAUGUAGAGAAAUAUAAAACAUAGGUAAUCAGAUCUAUAAUUCCUAUGUUUAAGUUAAGGUGGGCCAAACUGAAAGUUAAUAAAUAAGAAGGAAGGUAUUGAAGUUCUGCAAUCACAUUUAACAUAAACUACAUAAAUGAUGACAAAUUACCUACAGAAGAAAGUAAAUAUCUAUUUUAUCUUCUUUCCAAAAUAUUGGACUUGGUUCUCAACUAGAAAUUAAGUUGUUGUUAGCCUCACUAAUCCAGUAAUUUUGGUCAUCCUGAAACGAAGAUACAGUCCCUGAACUAAGCAAGCAUCAAGGAAAACUUAUUUUUAUCCCAUCAGGGAAGACAACAGAUGUCCGAGAAGGAACACUGACCUGAUAAGCACAGCAGCCUGUGGUUGUUUUUAGGUGUACAGCAAAUAGCCUUUUUACCACAAUAAAUUCUCAAGGACACCAAUGUUGAUUAUUAAUUACAUUUAAUGUCCUCUGUUUUCAAAGUCAAGGGAAUAAUAGCCAUUGUUAAUGAAAACCUUUAGAUUAUUAAAAAUUGAUACUUAGCACUUUAGUAAACUAGAAAAUUUCCUAGGUAAACGAGGCAUUACAAUAUUAAAUGGAAGAAUCUAUAGGUAUAAGUGGCUUGCUCUUCAGUUUAUGCUUCAUAAUUCAAAUAAUCACUAUUUGACUGAAAACAGACCUGUUUCUGUUUACUGUUGAUAUGCACGUAUUAGCCAACCCAAGAAAUGAUUCAUACUUACUCAAAAGUUUUCAGUUUUUACCUGCUAAUAGCUUCCCUAGAGUCUGUUAUAGUAAAGGGGUGCUGUUUUGUUUCUAAAUUUCCCCCACCAUGGAAUCAGUUUUUGUCAUUUUUCCAUUCCAUUAAGAGUAGAAAUAUACUGACUAAAAUAGAUCAUUUCCAUGUAGAAUAACCCAAACAGUUCUUAAAGUCAACCAAAAAUAAUGCUUACAAGAGAGCCUGCUCAAAUGCUUACUAUAUUUCCUUUUUAUAAGAUAGCUUGAAAAUUAAUUUUCACUCUGUUCUUUUUCUUUGUCCCAUUAUGAAACCUACACUUUGAAUAUUCGUGGUGAAAAGUCAUAUCCCCCAACUUUUACCUUCAUAAAAAAUACUCAUGAUUCUUCUCCACAAAAAAUUGGGGUGAUUUUUAAAAAGAUGAAUAGGCUCAUUAUAAUAAAUUACUGAAAGUGAGCUAUUGCUUAUGGGUUCUCGAUCUCACGGUAUAGUAAGAAUGAGCAAGCUCUAAAUUUACCACUGUAAUAAAAUGUUUUUUUCUCCUUCCGUGUCAACAAAACAGUCCUUUAUUCCAUACCAUCUGUACCCCAAAACCCCUUUUUUAAAAAUUAAGUUCAACUACUCUUUCUACUUUCAAACUCUGAAGUCAGUUUAAAAAAAAAUUAAAAUCUAACUUUCUCCUACACCUUUCCCCAAAAUUUACUUUUACAUUUACUUGCUGUGCCCAGAUACCUACCUGUUCCAUAGUGGAUUGUCAGUACAGAAGCUGUACUAUCUGAAAUGCCCUUAAGGGAAGAAACAAUAUAUGUGUGUAUAUGUUGGGGGAAAAUUACACACUUAUAUAAACACUGUUCUUUUUUGCAAGCUGCUAUACUUUACAUACUUUAGUACUGAAAGAAGCAGAUUGUUUUUAGAAAAAAAAUUUCUUUGAAUUCUCUGAUAGGAAAUUACAUGAAUCUUGAAAAAAAAAAGAUGAAAACAUUAGCAUUUUCAGGUUUUGUCUAUUAUGACUUUUUUAAAAAGGGCUUUUUUGCGGGGAGGGAAGUAGGGUGUUUGGACAAGAACCUAUUUCUUAUAAUAAAAGAACAGAAUUACUUUCUGCUUUCUUAGCAAAAAAUAAAAUUAACAGAAGAACCCUUUCCAUUAUAGGCAAAUCACUGACAUGAAAGCAGCAUGAUGAAAUAUUAUUUUGUUUAAGAUGCAUCCUUAAUGUAAUUCCAUCAGACCACUGCAUUUCUGUGGUUAAUAUAGAGUACCUAUACAUCGUGAACAUUUAAUCUUAUGCACGCUCAUUAUAAAUUGCAUUUUCUCUUUCUAAAGACAGCUUUGUCUUCAAAAUAACUUAAAAUCUGUAUAGUAUUCAAAGCACAUGCUGUAAAUAUUUAUUACUUGGAAGUUAGUAGAAAGGGUUUUGUGACUUAUUUUUAAAAAAAAAAUACAGAUGGUUCCUUUUUAAGAUUGGAAAAAAAGCUUUGGGUAUGAUGCUGAAUGAACCCAGAAUUAUGAUAGUUUUCAAUAACUUUUAAAUAUCUUUUAAAAUUCUUUGCUGACAGUUGAUUUUUGAAUAUACUUGUCAAAUAUAUAGUAUAUCUGAAAAAUAUGAUCCUGCAAAGGUUCAUUUUUUUUCAUUGAAAGAACUCAGUAAUGUACUUAAUAUAUGUAGCAUUAACAACCCUCUUUGCAUAAAAUUUUUUAAAUGAAGACAAAAGUCACAUUUAGUGAAGCAAAGAUAGCUACAAUGUGACGAACUUUUUUUACAUAACUUGAAAAUGUUACAAGAAGGUAAAGUAUAAGGUAUAAUUUUAAAAUCAGGGAUGCAAUUCUAUCAUUUCUCCAAUAUUCAAGAUUAUUAGAUAGGUUAUAGAUUUACCAUAUCUUUGGUUGUAAUGUUUAAUAAAUACCAUGUUGUAAGAUGAAACUUAUUAUGUAUAAGCAUUAUUUCCAAUAUACUGUUUUAUGUCACCUCAAUGUAAAAGUGACUUAAUUGCAAUACAAAUUAUUUUGGAGAAUUGAAGCUAAAAUAUAAGAUGACCUGGGAGAACAUUAAAUAGCCCUAUUUUAUGCAAAUGAGUUUCCUCUACUGUAGUGUCCCUGGCCUGCACUUUAAAAUAAACUACCACAGCUGAAUGAAGUUAUAGAAGUCAGUAAGAAAUCUAGCCAUCAGAUCCUAGCUGUCGAGUUUAUUGCAAGCAUUUACUUCCCUUAUUUCUCCUAUAGCAGGGGUUUGUAAUCUUUUUUGUGUGAUUGAUCCCUUUGGCAGUCCAGUGAAGCUUAUGACCUCAUUUUAGAAUGUUUUAAAAUGCGUGAUAUAGGUAGAAUUUAAAAGAAAACAAUUAUAUUUAAAUACAAUUACUGAAAUAUUUUUCAAGUUCAUGGAAUUAAGAAUUUGUGUCCCAGAGAAAGAAAGAGGUUGGACAAGAUAGAUAAGUUCACAAAUAGGUCCUUGUAUAUUCAUUAUUCUAAAAGUAAUGUAAAUAAAUCUUGGCUUGAAAGCUUUUAGAAUUCACUUCCAUCUUUGACUUGCCUGCUGACUUAUUCUUACAGUAAUUCAAGACCAAGAGUUAAGUAGUGAGAGGAAAUCAUCUGAUUUUCUAAGUAAUAUUUAUAAAAUGGUAAGCAGUGCACUGUGACACUUAGAAAUGAUAUAGCUUUAUCUUUUUUCCCCUCUUCUAUAUCCUCUUCUUUUUAUCCAUUUUUUCAACAUACCCUGCCUCAUACUUAAUGAAAAUAGUAAUCAAUUAGGAUAGAUACCUUAAUUGAGAUAUUAAGUUGAUGGGAUUUAUAGCUCUGACGUAUAUGAACUUCUAAGAGAGAAAAAAAUUAUCUGCUGUAACAAUAUACAUUGGAAAUAAUCCAUAAUACUUAUCCAUGCCUAAAAUGAUCUUAAAACUCAUAAGCCACUGCUAACACCCAUGCAUGUGUGUAUGAUUAUGCAUACACACAGACAGUAGUAUACUUUACAUAAUGAUUAAUUAUUGCACUAAUAUUAAAUGUUCUGUGCACUAGAUUUAAAAUUUUUUGGAAAAUGAAACAGGUCCAGGGAAGAAACACCAACUGACCAUAAAGCUUAUCAUCUGUAAAACAGAUAUGAGGUAAAACUCAUGUGUGUAUACACACACACAUAUGUUUCACCCCACAUGGUCUAUAUACCAACCUCUGUCAGAUUUCCUUUUAAAAAUAUAGUAAAGGAUGCUGAUCUGCUUAAUAAGGCUUCUCUCCCUCCUUUCCUUUUCCAGUCAAUGCAAUCCUUUGUGCUUUUUAAAAGCCACUGUUCCUGAUCAACUGUUCACUGUAAUUAAAACAUUACUUUGUCACAAUAUUUAUUCCUUAAACCUUCUGUGACAUGCUAGAUUCCUGUGGAUGUAGCUGAUCAUUUUUAUUUUGUAAAUAUUACCUAACUUUACAUAAACUAUAUCAUAAUAAACUAUUUUUG